GCUUUGCUUGCGCCGCGUGACUCAGCCGGAGCGCAGGAACGAUGGGGGACGGCGGUGUGAAGGCGAUACUCUUCGAUUUGGACAACACUCUCAUAGACACGGCUGGGGCGAGCCGAGCGGCCAUCCUCGAAGUCACAGAGUUACUGAAGACCAGAUUCGAUGACGAGCAUGUCGUCGGAGAUAUUUGUGAACGUUUCAACAUGAAGCUGCUCCAGGAAUCCUUCCAGCCUUCGAGAGACUUGACGAUCGACCAGGUACGCAUCGGUCACUGGGACCAGGCCAUUCGGGAGGCUGGCGGCAAAGGUCCGGACUCCGCCGUGGCCGCUCGGUGCUAUUGGACAUGGAAAAAUACCCGGUUAACGCUCUUGUCCAUUCCCGAGCCUUUCCGGAACCUGCUGCUGGACCUGAGGGGGACUCUCAAGCUCUUGCUGCUGACCAACGGGGAGGUGCAGACGCAGAGGGAGAAGAUCCAAGCCGUGGGUUGCGAAGGCCUCUUCGACGCCAUUGUGGUGGGUGGGGACCAUGCCGAGGAGAAGCCGGCCCUCUCCAUUUUUCACCAUUGCUUCCAGGUGCUGGGGGUUGGGCCUAAGGAUUGCGUGAUGGUGGGAGACUCUCUCGGCACAGACAUCCUCGGCGGCAUCAACGCCGGCGUCCGCGCCACCGUGUGGGUGAAUGGCACCGGGACCGCGUCCCCCGACGUGUCCAUUAAACCGGACUACACGGUACCCUCCGUGCUGGACCUGCCCUCGGUUUUAGCCUGUUUGAAUCAUUCCGUUGACCGUUCCGCCAUGAGGUCAAUCUAAAGGGGAUCGCUAUCCGAAUGACGCGACUGUCAAGAUUCAUCGGAACCCAGAAGAGGGAUGGUGGGCUGGCUUUGAAGGACCGUAACCAGUUGGAGUUUCAACAUUCCGUGGUCGUGAUAUAGGGCAUCUGUCCACCAACAAGAUCACCUUCAGUUGCUUUUCUCAAAAACUCUACUUUGGUGUAAAGUGCCCUCUUUGUGGGCUAUUCCAUUAUACAACUGCUGGCUUUGAUUGAAGUGAUUUACGAUUUUUCCUCAGAGGGGUAU